AAAUUGUAGCUAAUUUCUUAUCAGUAAUAGAAUUUUUCAGGACCUCAAGAGGAGGCACGAACCUUAUCUGAUGUGUUUGCACAGAAACAAAGAGCAUAGUGUAAGCAACAUUCUGACCUGGUCCUUAAUUAAAAAGCUUGAAAUCUUUUUUCUCUAAGUUACCAAAGUUGCAAAUUGUAGUAUGAAUUUUAUAUUGCACAAUUACUUAAAAAAAGAAAGGAAAAAAAAGACCCACAACAACAAAAAUUCUCUUUUCUUUCAGAAUUGGUCACUGUGAAUUUUUAUGGGAAUAAUAUUGAGGAAGUGAUUCAUCAUGAUCCAUUUAUUGCCUGUGGGGCAGGGAAAUACAUAUGUUAUUAAACAGGCAAGGAAAAGUUAAGGUAUCUUUGCAAGGACGCAGUCAAACAAGAGCCACCAAAUCAAGUCUGUGUUAUUUCUAGAUGUAGAUGAAGUUAUUUUGCAGUAAUGUCUGGGGUUUUUUAUGUAGAUAUUUUAAAAGAAAAUACAUAACAGUAUCACAAAGCUUUAAAUGGCAUCAAACCACAUGCUUAGAUUGCAGUAUCUUUCCUGGAUUAAAUGGGGAAAACAGGAGCAUCCAUUGCAGUAAUCAGAAAAUUGACUGAACAUUUAACUUGCUACUCGGUACACUGUCCUUCAGUAUUCUGUACUUAAACCUAUGUGUAUGUAAUUAAUACUUGAGAAUCUGGCAGGUGCUUUGAGAGUGUCAUCUCCUUUUGUUGAUACUGCAUCUCUGAUCUGGCGUGUUUUGAGCUAAUGUGGUCCAGGCUGUGAUGGUGGUAGUGCAUUUUUUGGUGUCUGGACUCGUGUUCUAAGGCAGCGAGCACAAGCCAAAUGCAUCUGAAUGUAGUGGCAGGAGCACUGGGCUGUCACUAUCAGAAGAUCAGAAAGUAUUGUUUUACAGAAUUAGUUGUCCUGAUGGUUUUGAACCUUUGGAGUGAUUUAUUAAGAAACUUCCAGUGAAAUGAAAUCAUAGAAAAAUAACCAAUAUAUUUCUCUCUCAUUCACUGUUGCUGACUAAAUGCUAAAUUGAGUAUUCGCCCCAUAUAUUUUCGAUGUGCAUAAAUAUUGCAUUUGACUAUUUACAGUGGUGUACAUUGUGGGACAGAUAUAUUUUCACAAGAUUAAAUUCACUGGUAACAUACAUUCUUACUCAUGCCAAGAUUCCAUCUUUUGACAUAUCUUUCCGUUCCAAAAUGGUCUUGCCACUCAAAUAUUGCGAGCACUACUGUGCAUCAUGCAAAAUUUGCAGUAGUGCGGUUCUUGUAACUUGGUGUUUUUAUCCGGACAAACUGGUCUUAACAUUAAAAUUUAUUAAGAAAGCCUUUGUGCUGUUUCUUAUUACUGUUAUUUUACAAGUUGUGACAGAAAAAAAAUGAAUUGGGCCAGUCAUGUAAUGUGAGCUGUAGCUAUUUUAAUGUAGCUUACAUUAUCUGUAUUCACUCUUUGUUAUGGAGAACUGGUUUCGAAUCAAACCGUUGUGGUUUUGCACUGCUUUACAGAUCCCGGGUUGAAGUGAAGUUUGUUUCUGAAACUGUCCAUCGCGACCUUUCCAAAAAAAUCUCAUCUCCUUAUUUCCUUAUUUUUACGCGUGUUUUGGGAAAGAAGAUGGAGGUUGUAUAGAACCAGAAUUAAAGAACAUUACUUUUAUUGUUUUCAAUUUUAAUAGUUUGCCUUAUUGUGCUGUGCGUAUUCCUCUGGGAUAGAAACUUGAUAGUAAGCAUGUAAAUCAGCUGGCUGUUAUGAAGACAGCUGAUGAGCUCUGUACCAGUGGCUUCCAUCUCUGCUAGAGUAAUACAGCAUGCAGUGGUCUUUAUAUUACUCUUCAAGUGGGAAAAAUUCUGUGUGUGUGUGCUUCCACCACAACUUCUGUUGACUUUGGGUCUUGAAUGGAGGGGUAGGAGAUACAUUCUGGCUUAAUUGUAUCCCCUUUGUGGGGUUGAGUACCUAAUGCUGUUACUAGUUCUACAGGGCUUCAUCUAACAACUGUCACAUGCCUCUGUGGCUAUCUUGUGCAUACUGAAAGAAGUUAAUUGCAGCAUGGCUUUGACUGUUUUUACACAGAUUAUUUUAUAUUGAUUAAAAAUAAUUACAACUCUGUAUCCUUUCUCUGACUCCCCCUUCUCCACUGGGUAAAGCCUAAGCUACUUGGUUUUGUUUCCGAGGGCCCUCUGGGGCCUGUGACUAUUUUCUGUCAGUAACUUCCUCAGUAAGAUGGCAGCUCCAACACCAAUUACAGUAUUCACAUCACUUUUCAGCUGAGUGCAUUAAUUCUUUCCUUGCUUUCCCCUAAGCUUGAGCAAAGGUCUUCAUAAAAAUCUGUGCAGCAGUCCCACUGUUCUUCAGAGAAGUCUGUAAAACGCCCUUUACCUUACAAAGCAUGGAUAACUGAUUUGUUGAUUCCACUGCCUGGCAUGCUGAUCAGUGUCACUUUGUUUCCUGUUACUCCACUCUCUGUCCUUUUGUUGUUUCUAGAUUGAAAAUUCUUUGUGGCGGGGUCAGUGUUCUUGUGCUGCUUGCCUUGGGAAUGGGCACUGUACAGCCUGAGCAAUGCAUGGGGUUCAUCAGAAAUGAUGAUACGGGCAAUACAAACGUUAAAGAGGGAACUGAGUCUUGGCAGUAUAAUGAAGUUCAGGAUGCAAAAAAAAGAAGCCGUCUUCUGAAACAGAUAAAAAACUUUUACAAAGCAUAAUGGCCAUUAUAACCGAACACAAACAGACCAUGCCUCUUCCAGAAACCAUGUUUUGUGCUCAGCAGAUCAAAAUCCCCCCUGAGCUACCUGAUAUUCUGAAGCAAUUUACUAUAGCUGCUAUUAGGACUCAGCCUCGUGAUGUUUUGCAGUGGGCGGCUGCGUAUUUUUCAGCCUUGUCAAAAGGCGAGCCCCUUCCUGUGAAGGAGAGGAUUGAAAUGCCUUUAGCAACGGAGAAAACAGACGCUGGUUUGACUCCAGGACUCCUUAAAAUCUUGCACAAACAGCUUUCUCCCAAAGGCAUGGUGAAUGUUGCAGAACUGAAGGAAAAAUGGAAGCACUUGUGCUUGCCAGAGGAGCAGCUGAACGCUAUCCUGCAGUUGGGCAACUUCGGUGAGGAAGUGGAAUGGAUGAAGUUUCUGGCACUUGGGUGCAGCAUGCUUGGCAAGUCCUUACUGAGUUCAAUGAAACAAGCCUGUGAAAUCUUAACAAGGGACCCAGAAGGUGGAGCAGCUCGCAUUCCCUUUGAAACUUUCUCGUUCCUUUACUCAUAUUUGGCCAGUAUUGAUGGAGAGAUACCAGAAGAGAAAACUGAAUCAUUCCUCCACGGAAUUAAAGAACAAGCUGACCAACAAAGUGGCAUGGUGCUGCUCAGAAACUUUCUGACCCAGUCCUCAACACUGUUUUGAUCAAGCCCACUCUUCAACGGCAGGUGAGAGGAGGAAAAAACAAAAAGGAAUAAAUAUAGGCAAGAAAAUAAUUUGUGUUCAAAGGACCAUUAUUUGCACAUUACAAUACAAGCAGAUCCUCUUCUCUGGCACUUCCUUUUCCGUAUCCCACUCUUGAAAUGGCCCUUCAGUGGAUGUUAAUUGAAUA